AUGGAGGUGAUGGAGGUUACAAGUGAUGAUAUUGCUGGGCCCAAGUUGAUUCGAAACACCACACCGUCCGUAGUGGCUGGGUCUGUAGGUCAAGGUCCUGCAAGGGAAGCGACGGCAAGUCCUACCGUUGACGAACCUGCAAAUGCAACGGCCUCGACGAAGCAUGCCGGUCGCGCCAAUGACAGUCGUGCCAGUAUAAAUCCGUCCACGUCUAACCACACCGCUGAAGACGACAAGCCUUCAAAGCCACGCGGUAUUUCCAAGGAGCUCCUUGGUGUAACUAGUGACGGCCAAAUAGGUACGACACCGCCUGCUACUGAAACCAUCCCGGUGAAGACCACAGCUGCACAGUCGGCUUCCAACGGUUGUAAAACGACAACGAUCGGUGUGACAGUCCAGCAUCGUCCCGUCCCGGAACUCUGUGGUGAUACCCACAACACCGCUGAACCAGUCCAAGUAACGGUCGCGACAAAGUCAAUGGUCGGGGAUAUACCUGAAGACAAGACAGUGUAUCCGCCGCAACAAGACGCCAGGCAUUGUCACAAUGGUGUUGUAAACAUCCCUGACCAACGCGUUAACCAAAAAGGAUCUGCUGCCAGUCCGGAGAACCAGUCACUCUGCAGUAACACCCUUCCUGCUCGCGUGAUAGAAGCUGACAAGCCUUCAGAGCCACGCGGUGUAUCCAAGGAGCUACUUGGUGUAACUAGCGACGGUCGAAUAGGCACGAUGCCGUCUGCUGCUGAAACCAUCCCGGUAAAGACCCCAGCUGCACAAUCGGCUUCCAACGGUUGUAAAACGACGACGAUUCGGCGAUUCGUGUGUCCUGUCCCGGAACCCUAUAGCUAUGGUGAUACCGGCAACACCGCUGAACUAUCCCAAGCAACGGUCGCGACAAAGUCAACGGUUGGCCUUACAGCCGAAGACAUGACGGGACAUCCGCCGCGACAAGACGCCAGGCAUUGUCAACAUGGUGUUGUAGAAAUCGCUGAACGAAAGCCAUCAGCGAGCGUGUUACUUAGCCUCCUUACAUCUACUAAAGCCGGCAAUGUGCAGCGACCACCAACUGCAAGCCGACCCGAGGAGACGCCCGACGUGCCGAAUAUGUGUCGGGGAAGGGAGACACCGGAAGCAGUCGACUCAUCGGUCGCCCUUGAUCUAACGGUUCGCAAAGAGCCAGCUCCAGUUGUCACGGGGAGUAGGUAUACCUAUGAACGUCAAGAAGGAAGUACCGGACCUUACAGAUACCAGACGGCUAGCGAUCCGGUGAGGAAAAUGUGCAGCAACGCCGCCACCAGCAGACAAGCAGGAGCUACAGGAGAAAAGACAACACCACCAAAACCAUCGCAGCAACAAAUCAAAUCGGAGCCGGGUGUGUCUACAUGUGCGUACGUAGAAAGUGCGAACUCAUCGAUGCGGCAUUCGAGACUGCCGGACUUCGCUGAAAACGCACAGCAAGGAGGCAGCAGACCUCAGCACCCAUAUCCAUCUCAGGCUCAGAUCACGUCGCAAACAUCGAUCAUGUCCACAGAGCGCACGGCGACCGUGGGAGAGCCGCGUUCGUCCGUUUCUCCACUUGAUGAGCUCCAGACUUUCUCAGGGAACGUUGACAAAUUGGCCUCCUCGUCGCCACCAAACUCAGCCGCCUUUGGUCCGCCGCGUUACGUUCCUACGGGCGUCGCUCAGAAGCGAUAUGCCUCUCCUCCACUUCACCACCUUAAUGAGGUCCAGACUUUCUCAGGGAACGUCUCCCCGUCGCCGUCAAACGCAGCUGCCUCUGGCCCACCGCAUUACAAUCCUACGGGCGCCGUUCCUCCACUCCACUCCCGUCAUGACGUCCAGACGUUCUCAGGUGCACCGAAUGUUGGCAUUCCUGCAGGCUUCGUUACCAGGAAGCGUAAGGGGUCGCCGGUGGAAGAGAUGGCAAACGUGCCGUCCAAAAGAAAGUCUCCCUGUGAGCUGAUGGGGAACUACGCCGUUCAGCAGCAGCAGGGACAAGGCGAGAAGUUCUGUCAGGAAGGUCUGUCGUCACACUCGGUAUGUUCACCGUCAACCAUCACUGGCCACGUCAGACAAGCUGUGGGUCCAACUCAAGGUGUCAUCAGUGAUGCCAUCUAUAAGAAAAACGACAUGAGGAGGCUUCAGUUAACUUGGGAAUCUUGCGGCCCAGUUGACGGGGUUCCUAGGGAUAAGGCCCAAGAAAAGUUUCCCGUGGUGAUAGUCUUCGAACAGAUGAAGGUCGCCCUUACCUCGGACUUCGUCUCCCUCUUUCCGCACGUCACUCUCACAGAUUUCAUGAAGGCUUUAGGAGGGAUAGGGCUGAAAAUUUGCCCAUGUCCCGUAUCCGUCAAGGAGUGGUUCAUGCAGGUGGGGAAAGAGGAUGCGGCGUGCUCGACUGUUGUGAAGUCUAGGGUUUGA